CGCUCUGCAGGAACAGUAUUCAGCGAGUGGUCCUCCACUUCUGCGAACGUUGCCCGCAAUUACUAAUUUUUAUUGCAAUACAAAAUGUGCGCCCGCACCAUGCUAGAGAAACUGUCCGAGGACAAGGUGGCCGAGCUGACGCAAGUGCCACCUGAGCUGACCACCCCGGCGCCGCAGUUGCCGCCGCCGGGGAAACGUCCCAAGCGAACCCUGGACAUCGCCAAGGUGAUGGCCUCCGUGCCACGGGACACCAACCUGCCACCCGACUCCAUUGCCCAGAUGACGGCCUACACGAAGAAGUGCGUCGACGUCGCCUACACCUUGGCCGCCAAAGCUCAGAAGUCAAAUUUCUAUGUAGUUUUAACUCGCACCACGCAACCAGCACACGCUAUCCUGUUCUCCGCAGUGCUACUGGUGGCCUCGAGUCUCGCGCCCAGUCAUCAGGGCACUUCCUCUAAGUCAACCUCAUCAGCCCUUCUCUACUUAGCGUGCUUCGCUGCUCACUUUGGAGCGCAGCUCUGGAUGACCUUUGUCUCUGGUCUUUCUCUCUACUUCUCGCUGCCCAGGCACAAUUUUGGCGCCGUGCAGCGCGUUCUUUUCCCCCGAUACUUCUCCCUCAACGCCGUGCUCAGCAUGGGCACCCUGCUCGGGUUUGUCCGUCAACACCCAUCCAGCAGUUGGAGCACCGUCCAUAGCAUACAGGGAGUUGUGCUUUCAGCCUGCUUUCUGGGUGAGCUGGCAGUGCGCCUGUACCUGACGGGGCCGCUCGUCUCUCUCAUUUCUGCAAAAGAGGAGAUCGAAAGCCGAGCCGGCCUUGGUUCAGAAGUUGGCCACCAAGCAAUGGGCGGUCUGGUGCAUUGCCCGCACUACAUCCGCCUGCACAAGAGUUUCCGCAAGGUGCACUGCACCAUUGCGAUUGCCAACAUGGCCUGCCUAGCCUCUUCUGCCUUCCACUUGCACUUCAUUGCUCAGCAAUUGGCCGCAGCCGUUUCGUGACACCCAACAACCCCUAGUUAAAAAAUGAACCUGCAUUUGCUUGGCCAAAGAUUUGUGUUUGAUCUUUGAUUUGUUGCCACAAGUCUGGAUAUGAAGAGUCUGAUUCAUAGUUCUCUGCCCUCAGGGACUGAUAAGCAAGAUUAUACCUGUAACCGCUAAGGUUUUCUUACUUUCUUAGGUCAGGUGAUGCAAGCAAUUGAUGAACGUGUGGUUUGCUUGGAUGAAAAAAGGAGUUUGUUUUUAUUGUUCAGUAAUUAUUCCAACUCUGCGCUACUCUGUGUUACUUAAAUUGUAGUCGAUUGAUUAUUACACUAAGUAUUUAUUAAACAGGUUUUCGUUCUACCGAAAACAUAAGGAAAAAAAGACUUGCAGUU